GCUUUAAGGGUUACAAAACUUAGUACAUGUUAUCUCAUUUGAUGUGGUAAACAACUGUCACUAAGUAAAUACUUUGUUGAAGUGAAUAACAAAUAUUAAAAACCUAAUAUGUGUCAUAGGUACUGGAGGUUUAAAGAUAGUUUAUCCUAUCAGGGAAUCAUUAGUCGUCCACUUUGGCUGAAAUAUAGAGCAUGUGAAAAGGAAUGUGAAAUAAAUCUGAAAAAUUAGGUUGGCACCACACAUGACUCUCAGGUUAUUUUCUAUGGCCAAACAAAGCUAAGGAGUUGUAUUCUUUUUUUGUUUGUUUGUUUGUUUGCUUGCUUGCUUGCUGAGGCAAUUGGGUUUGUGACUUGUCCAAGGUCUCACAGGAAGUGUUAAGUAUCUGAGAGUAGAUUUGAAUUCAAGUCCUCUUGACUUCAGGGCUGAUGUUCUAUCCACUGCUCCACCUAGCUGCCCCACGUUUUAGUCUUGAGGCAAUUAAAGAGAUACUAAAGUUUUUUCAGCAAACAUGGCAUAAAAUAACUCUGGUUUAAGUUGAUUCUGAGCGGCUGUGUGGAAGACAAAUUGAUCAGGAGAUACCCUUAAAAUCAGGGUGCUAGUUAAGAGAUUAAUUAUUUCUGGUGAGGAGAAAUAAUAGUCUGAUUUAGGAGAAUCUACAGCUGUAAGUGAGACAAACGAAAGAGAUAUGAGAGAUUGUGAGGGUAAGAAUCAAUAGGACUUGAUAACUGUGUCAAGAAAGUGAUGCAGGAGAUGCACAAAGAUGGUUUUGAGAUUUCAAGUGUGGAUUAUUGGUGGGAGGGAGGAUAGCAAAUUGAAUUGACUAUAAAAUAAUCAAUUGUUUUCUUGAAGUAAGGUACAGCAGAAUUUAAAUAGAUUUGAAGAAAAAUAUAUGCUGUGGUUAUUUCCCAAAAUUUUUUUUAAAUAAAAACUUAACCAUCAAAAAAAAAAACCAUAAAAAAUAAAUUAAUAUAUGCUAAACAUCAAUAACAACAAAGUUUGCUUUUUUGUGUUUUUUUCUCAGAUCUUUGAAAUUCUAUGCAAUUUUUUUUCUUUUUGUUUUCUUCCCUCAGUAUAUAGUUGCUAUAUUGAUAAUGACAAGCACUAUAAUCUGCUAUAAUGAAGUUAUAGUUUUUCAUUUGUCUAUGGUUAAUUAUCUCUUUGACAUCGUUAGUAUUACUUUAAUUACCAAGAUCAUGUGUUGGGCAACUUUACUUUAUUCCAUGAUCAUAGAUACUACUCCAUUGAUAGCAUAAAAUCACAUCUAUUACCACAAUUCGAAAAGGACCCUUCUGAUAGUGAGUUGGUUUUAGUAGAAUUCUAUAGUUUUAAUAGGCUCAUAUUUGUAUAAUACUUUAAGAAGUGUUUCUUUGUUUUCUUCUCUGAUCAUUAAUUAUGCCUUUAUUUUAGUCUUUCUUCAAAUCUCUGUUGAGUUGAAAUUUCUGAAGAAUUGAGGUUGAGCUAUCUCUUACAGCCAGUACAAUAAUUUCUCAAAGAUUAAACUUACCUCGAUUAAACCUAACUCUUUUCUUAAGGCAAAACUGUUCUUUUAUCCCCACUCCAGAAGACUCUUCUCUUCUUUCCCUGCUCCUACCAAAGAAGCUCUUUCUUUCAUAGUAGCAUUUACUUACCUUGCCCUUCUUUUUUUUGGUUUUUGAUCAGUCAAAUAUUUUGCUCACUUCUGCUUUAGGGACUUUUAAAAAAGUACUUCAGUUAAUCACCAUUCACUGGUGGAUAAACCUUUUUGUCAAAGGUUAGGGGGCUUAGGUUUGUAAAUGUUCUGACACUCCCCUGGUAGCUUUUGUAAGAUUUUGGAACAAAAUGAGACACUUUUAUAUUAUUUAGUAGUUAACAAAAGGAAAUUUAUUAGCCAUAGCUAGAUAUUCAUCUUGAUUUAUGUUGAAUACAACUCAUUGAUUUAAGCUGAAUCAAGCCCCAUUAACUUUGUUACCCAUCUCUUUCCACCAAACAAUCACCUAGAGCUCUUUCUGGCUCUUAACCCAGAUGGACCACCAAGUGGUAUUAAUAGCCUAAAGUCUUCAUUUCAAGGAUGCUCUCAAUACUUUAAAAAAAAAAAAAAAAAAAAAAAACUAUCCUAACUUGCAUGGGAAAAAGAAUUGAGAAAUUGCUUUCACUAUAUGCUAUUUUGGGUCACAUCUUACAUUUCUUUGCUUUUCAGAAUAUAAUAUACUAUUUCCUUCUGCAGUUUUGGGGUUAAUGGAAAAUCCUGAAUUAUAUGAAUUUCCUUUCCUUUAUAUGUAAUUUUAUUUUUUGGUACUUGUUUUCACAUAAAUGCAAGGAAAACAGGCUUGCAUAUAAAAUCAAGACUUUCUACAAGGAACUUUUUUAAAAGCAUGAAAUAAAUUUUAACAUUUGAAUUCAUAUUUCAUCUAAAGCAGUAACAUACUUUUACAUGAAUUUCAAGAAUUUCUUUGUGAUGGCAGGUAGGGUGUCUUCUUAGCAAAUUGCCUCGACAUAUAAUAUGUGCUUAAUUAAUGAUUACUGUUGGAUUCUGGUCUUUUGUUUGUUGAAAGCAGUCAUACCCUGGAAAGUUCGUCUUUGCUUUAGAAAUAUAUGGGGAAAAGAGGGACUGAAAAAGCCCCUUCCUUAACAGUAAGGUUCCUUACCUAUAAACUGAGAAAUUAUACUAGGAUCAUUAGAAAUUGAAAUGGACAAAGAGUAGAGAGGAAACUAAAGCCAAAUAUAACUUUUCAGACUUUUAAUUAUUUUUCAUAAUUCAUGUUUUCAUUCAGUAUGGGUAAAAAUAAUUAAAUUAAAUUCUAAGUUAUUCAGGCUAAAAAAAUGAUUCCCUCAUUGUGAUAUAAAUUUAGUUGGAUUGUUUUACAAUGAUUCAUUAAUGAUUCAAAUUUGAAAAGUUUUGAAAUAAAAUCAGAAUUUGAAAAUAAAGUAGUUUGUCUUUUAAUAGUAUCAAAAGUACAGAUAUAAAUUUAAAUUGUUGUCCCUGAAUAUAAUUUGCUGAAAGGUGACCUUUUCAUUAAUGUUUUCACAUUUCCCUUGGGAAAAGUUUCUUGUAUUAAAAAAGUUGCUGCAAUAGAACCUUGAGAGUCUGGAAUGUACUUUCUUCUUAACCUAUGCCUUAUAGAAUCUGUAGCUUCCUUCAAAGUACAGCACAGAUGCCAUCCUCAGAUCUCUCUCAUCCUUAACUGAUAUCAAACUCCUUUUGAUAAUACUUUGUAUUGUUUAUGCUUUAUACCAGAAAAUAAAAGCACCUUGAGGGCAGAGUGUUUUUGUUUUAUUUUUUAUUUGCCUAAUGUCCAUCACUGACUCUGCAUAGACGUGUUUGUUGAAUUGAACAAAUUAAUUAAAUUAGAUUAGAACCACAAUUUAUAAAUAACUUCACCAAAAAUGACAUUUCUAUUUAUACUCUUUGAUUUAGCAAUCCUAAUAUUGGACAUUUACCCUUAGAAGAUAAAGAUAUAAACACAAAGGUCCAGUACAGACCCAUUUCAUAGCAGCUGUCUCUGUGGUGGUAAAGAAUUGGAAACAAAGGAUUUAGUGAAAGAAGAGGAAGAACAGUUGAUGGAAGAAAGGAAAAAGAGAAAGGACGACAAGAAAAGGAAGGAAGCUGCUCAAAAGAAGGCCACUGAACAAAAAAUCAAAGUGCCAGAACAGUUAAAACCCAGUGUAAGCCAGCCUCAGCCUGCCAACUCUACUAACGGCACUUCCACAGCAACCAGCACUCAGAAUAAUGCCAAGCGGGCCACAGCCAACAGUCAGCAGCAACAGCAGCAGGCCUUGCCUCGUUACCCUCGUGGUGAAGUACCACCACGAUUUCGGCACCAGGAACAUAAACAGCUUCUAAAGAGAGGUCAGCAGUUGCCUACUAUAGCAACAAACCUGGGACCUGCUUCUAAAGUAUUAAAUACCCAGUCAAGAGGCAAUAGUAUAACAAGUAAACAGCCAGUGACUAAUGGAGAGAUACCGAACAAAAAAAAACAACCAGGCAUGCCUCCCAUUCGGGAUUUGGUCAGCCACUCCCCUAACCAGUCAGAUUUAAACCAUAGUAAUCUAGGAACUCAUUAUGAAAAUUCUCACUGGGGACCAGUGUCUUCUAAUAGUGACUCCAGCACAAACUGGGACAAAGUUAUUGUAGAAGGCUCUGACAAAGAAGUAUGGCCUUCUAUCACUGACAGUGACCCAGAGUUGACUUCAGAAUGUAUGGACACUGACUCUGCCUCUAGCUCUGGAUCAGAGAAGAACCUUUUGAUAAUGGCUUCAGGGAGUACAAGUGGUGAAAAUGAUGGAAUUCGAAAUGGCAUUGGACACAGUUCUCAAAACAAAUUUGUGGUGGGUAGCAACAGCAAUAAUGUGGGCAAUGGAAGUAAUAAUGGACCAUGGAAUCUAUCUCAUGGAACCAUAAUAAGCACAUGUCAAGUUUCUGUGGAUGCUCCUGACAGCAAAUCUGAAAGUAGCAACAAUAGAAUGAAUGCUUGGGGCACCGUAAAUUCUUCAUCAAAUGGAGGGUUAAAUCCAAGCACUUUGAAUUCAAAUAGCAACCAUGGUGCCUGGCCUGUAUUAGAGAACAAUGGACAUGCCCUAAAAGGGCCUGUAGGGAGUGGUAAUUCUGGCACAAAUAUUCAGUGCAGUACCAUAGGCCAGAUGCCUAACAAUCAGAGUAUUAACUCUAAAAUGGGUGGUUCUACCCAUGAUUCCUGGGGAAAUCUUCAGGAAAAUUGUGAAUCUGAAGUAAAUGGUACAAGGAAGGUUUCAUUCAGUGGACAACCUCAGAACCUUAACACUGAAAUGAAUGGACCAAAUAACACUACUAACUUUAUGACCUCUAGUUUACCAAACGCUGUUGGUUCAGUGCAGAUGGAUGAACUGCCUAAUAAUACAGGGCAUGGGGCCUGGCGUGUGAGCACAAGGAAUCAUUCUCAGAUACAGGCCUCUUCGGUUACAAAUGGCACUUCCAUUUCUCAUCUUAGCAAUGGUGAGUCCAAAAAUGGUGGCUCUUAUGGUACUACAUGGGGUGCCUAUGGUUCUAAUUAUUCCGGAGAGAAAUGUUCAGGCCCUAAUGACCAAGCAAAUGGUGACACUGUGAAUGCAACUCUAAUGCAGUCUGGCAUAAAUGGGUCUGUUGGCACUAACUUUCAAAUGAAUGGAAAUAAAGGAGGAAGUUUAUGGGAUUCAGAGAUGGUGAAUUCCCAGAAUGUACCAUGGGGAAGUGGAAAUGGUGUGAAUUCUGGAGGAAAUCGAAGAGGAUGGGGAAGCCCUGCACAAAACACUGGCACUAAUGUAUCCAAUGGGGAAUGGAAUAAACUGCCUAGCAAUCAGCAUUCCAAUGAAAGUAUGAAUGGAAAUAGUAGGAAGUUUACAAAUGGAUGGAAACCUACUGAGGAAGAUGAUCAGAGUUCUGCUACAUCUCAGAUAAAUGAGCAGAACAGCAUUUGGGCCAAAACAACAGGUACUGGGGAAAGUGAAGGUAGUACAGAAAGCACUGGAUGCCGUGAGGAAAGAGUGGUUGGGGAAGGGCAGAGUAGAGAGAGAAGAAAAGUUGACCAGCAUGCAUUACUCCAAAGCAUAGUAAACAGAACUGACUUAGAUCCACGUGUCCUCUCCAAUAAAGGUUGGGGAGAGACUCCAAUCAAACAAAAUACUGCCUGGGAUACUGAAACAUCACCUAGAGGUGAAAGAAAGACUGACAAUGGGACAGAGGCCUGGGGACGCUCUUUGACACAAACUUCUAACUCUGGGGGUUGUGUUGAUAAGACUAAUAGUAAUGAUACCUCAUCUGUAUCUGGAUGGGGAGAUCCAAAGCCUACUACAAGGUGGGGAGAUUCUAAAGGCUCAAGCAGCCAAGGGGGAUGGGAAGAUGAUUCUGCUGCUACAGUAAUGGUCAAGAGCAAUCAAUUGUGGGGAAAUGGCAAGGAGGAGAAAUCUACAUGGAAUGAUGCACAAAAAAUUAAACAAGGGUGGGGAGAUGGACAAAAAUCAAACCAAGGUUGGUCAGUUUCUACCAGUGACAACUGGGGAGAAACAUCAAGAAGCAACCAUUGGGGUGAGACUAAGAAAUCUAGCUCAGGAGGUAGUGACAGUGAUAGGUCAGUAUCUGGUUGGAAUGAACCUGGUAAAUCAAAUUCUUUUACCUGGGGAAAUAACAAUAUGAAUCCAAAUAAUUCAUCUAACUGGGAUGAACCUUCAAAAUCUAGUCAGUCCCAGGGAUGGGGAGAACCUCCAAAAUCUAAUCAGUCUUCAGGUUGGGGGGAUUCUUCAAAGCCAAUCAACUCCCCAGACUGGAACAAACAAGAUAUUGGUGGAUCUUGGGGAGCACCACCUUCCACAAAUAAGCCACCUGGUUCAGGUUGGCUCGGUGGACCAAUACCAGCUCCCACAAAAGAAGAAGAACCUACUGGAUGGGAGGAGCCAUCCCCAGAAUCAAUACGCCGCAAAAUGGAAAUUGAUGAUGGAACUUCUGCUUGGGGAGAUCCAAGCAAAUAUAACUACAAAAAUGUGAAUAUGUGGAAUAAAAAUGUCCCAAAUGGUGGCUGCCGUUCAGACCAGCAAGCACAGGUACAUCAGCCGCUACCAUCUUCAAGUGCCAUGUCAAGCAAGGAGAGCAGUAGUGGUUCUGGUUGGGGAGAACCCUGGGGAGAGCCUUCUACUCCGGCCACAACUGUAGAUAAUGGAACUUCAGCAUGGGGUAAACCCAUGGACACUGGUACUAACUGGGGGGAACCCAUUACUGCUUCAUCUAGCUCCUCCACAUGGGGUACUGCUUCUGUUGGUCCACAGACUUCAAGUAAAUCUGGGCCCAAAUCUAUGCAAGAUGGUUGGUGUGGAGAUGAUAUGCCUUUGACUGGAAAUCGAUCCACCGCCUGGGAGGAGGAGGAAGAUGUUGAAAUUGGAAUGUGGAAUAGUAAUUCAUCCCAAGAAGUUAACCCAUCUUUAAACUGGCCACCAUAUAUAAAGAAAAUGUCAUCAAAGGGAGCAAUGAAAGGUGGAAAUAAACAAGAUGAAGCCUGGAUAAAUCCAUUCGUUAAGCAGUUCUCAAAUUUAAGUUUUUCGAGAGAAUCACCAGAAGAAACUCUACCGAGCAAUAAGAUGGACCUAUCUGGAGGAAUGUUACAGGACAAACGAAUGGAGAUUGAUAAGCAUAGCCUAAACAUUGGCGAUUACAAUCGAGUCGUAGGGAAAGGCCCUGGUUCUCGUCCUCAGAUUUCCAAAGAGUCUUCCAUGGAUCGCAGUCCUUAUUUUGAUAAGGAUGGCAUUGUAGCAGACGAGUCCCAAAACAUGCAGUUUAUGUCCAAUCAAAACAUGAAGCUUCCCCCUUCAAAUAGUGCACUACCUAACCAAGCCCUUGGCUCCAUAGCAGGGCUGGGUAUGCAAAACUUGAAUUCUGUUAGACAGAAUGGCAAUCCCAGUAUGUUUGGUGUUGGUAACACAGCAGCACAACCCCGGGGCAUGCAGCAGCCUCCAGCACAACCUCUCAAUUCAUCUCAGCCUCAUCUCCGUGCUCAAGUGCCUCCUCCAUUACUAUCCCCU